AUCCCCCAGCUCUUCCGACCAAUAUUUUCUUGCGUGUGGGUCAAAUGCGAUAGCAAACUCAUUCCUUUUGCACGCUUUAAAGCUAGCCCCACACACAUUCUCCGCUCCUCAUCGCUCAUCGGUCACUCUUCUUCCUCCGUCCCCGCCCACAUGCCACCAGAGCUUAGCUCAGCUUAGCUUAAAAUCUCACCCCCUCCACGGAGGCGCACACACACAAACCGAAGCCCUCCCACCCCCCUCCAAACGCGCGCGCGCAGGCUGUGCUAGCCAUGGAGAGUGGCGGCAUCAUUGCGGCAUGUACUCCCCAAUGAUUGAUCUCUCAUCGUCUCUUCUUCCAACCACCUCCUCCCUCCCUGCUGCCCGCCUUGUCUCCCCAAAAUGACCAGCAACAGCAGCCAGAACCUCAGCAGCUGCAGCACCGGCGGGAGCGACGCGGCGGUCGGCGGCGGCAGCUGGCUGGGCUUCUCGCUGUCGCCUCACAUGGCGGCCACCAUGAACGGCUCCAAUGCCGUGCAGGUGCAGCAACACAACGGAGGACUCUUCUACCCUCCCGUCGCCAGCUCCUCCCCCGCGGGCUUCUGCUACGCGCUCGGCGGCGGCCAGGAUGGUGUCGCCGCGGCGGGCGCCAAUGGUGGCGGGGGGUUCUACCCUGGGAUCUCCUCCAUGCCGCUCAAGUCCGACGGGUCCCUCUGCAUCAUGGAGGCCCUCCAUAGAAGCGAGCAAGAGCAUCAAGGUGUGGUGGUGUCGUCGGCAUCGCCGAAGCUGGAGGAUUUUUUGGGCGCGGGACCCGCGAUGGCACUGAGCUUGGACAACUCCAGCUUCUACUAUGCUGGCGGCCACGGGCACGGCCACCACGGGCACGGCCAGGACCAAGGCCCCUACUUCCAGCCGCAGCACUGCGCGGUGAUCCCCGGGUCGGGCGCGCACGGGCACGACGCGUACGGCGGGCACGCGCAGCUAGUGGACGAGCAGUCCGCCGCGGCGAUGGCGGCGAGCUGGUUCUCCGCACGCGGCGGGGGCGGCUACGACGUCAACGGCUCGGGCGCCAUCCUGCCGGUGCAGGGCCACCCGCACUCGCUCGCCCUGUCCAUGAGCUCCGGCACCGGGUCCCAGUCCAGCUGCGUCACCAUGCAAGUCGGCGCCCACCCGCACCCCCACGCCGACGCCGACGCCGUCACCGAGUACAUCGCCAUGGACGGGAGCAAGAAGCGCGGCGGCGCCGGCGCGUUGCAGAAGCAGCCCACCGUCCACCGCAAGUCCAUCGACACCUUCGGCCAGCGCACGUCCCAGUACCGCGGCGUCACCAGCAGGCAUAGGUGGACGGGGAGGUAUGAGGCGCACCUCUGGGACAACAGCUGCAAGAAGGAAGGCCAGACCCGGAAAGGCCGGCAAGUUUAUCUCGGCGGGUAUGACAUGGAGGAGAAGGCCGCGAGGGCGUAUGACCUGGCGGCGCUCAAGUACUGGGGGACGUCCACGCACAUCAACUUCCCGAUCGAGGACUACAGGGAGGAGCUGGAGGAGAUGAAGAACAUGACCAGGCAGGAGUACGUGGCUCACCUCAGAAGGAAAAGCAGUGGGUUCUCGCGCGGCGCUUCGAUUUACCGAGGAGUGACCAGUAUCUGCCGCAGGCAUCACCAGCACGGGCGGUGGCAGGCGCGCAUCGGCCGCGUCUCCGGCAACAAGGACCUCUACCUGGGAACAUUCAGCACGCAGGAGGAGGCGGCGGAGGCGUACGACGUGGCGGCGAUCAAGUUCCGGGGCCUCAACGCGGUGACCAACUUCGACAUCACGCGCUACGACGUGGACAAGAUCUUGGAGAGCAGCACGCUGCUCCCGGGCGAGCAGGUGCGGCGCCGGAAGGACGGCGAGGGCGACGGCGGCGCGGUCGGCGAGAGCGACGCCGUCGCCAGCGCCGCGGCGGCGCUGGUGCAGGCCGGCAACGGCGCCGCCGCCGACACCUGGAGGAUCCAGGCGGCGCCGGCCGUGGCGCGGGCCGACGGGCUGCACGGGCAAUUGCAGCAGCACCAGGGCCUCCUGUCGAGCGAGGCGUUCUCGCUGCUGCACGACAUCGUGUCCGUGGACGCGGCUGGCCAGGGCGGCUGCGGUGGCGGCGCCAGCGCGCACAUGUCGAACGAGUCGUCGCUGGCCCCUAGCGUCAGCAACUCCCGGGAGCAGAGCCCGGAUCGGGGCGGCGGCGGCGGGCUCGCCAUGCUCUUCUCCAAGCCCGCGGCGUCCAAGCUGGCCUGCCCGCUGCCGCUGGGCUCCUGGGUCUCCCCCUCGCCGGUGUCCGCGAGGCCCGGCGUGUCCAUCGCGCACCUGCCCAUGUUCGCCGCGUGGACCGACGCCUGAACAUCCUCCACAGCACAUCCAUGGCGGUAGAUGGGGGUUCCAAGUGGACACUCAAAAGACUCUUUUGUUCGCCUGAACAUCCUCCACAGCACAUCCAUGGCGGUAGAUGGGGGUUCCAAGUGGACACUCAAAAGACUCUUUUGUUCGCGUUGUUCAAUUAGGGCGUGCGUGCGUGCGUGCUUACUGUUAGCAGCAGCUGGGUAAGGGUUAGUGCUUAGUAGUAGCAACAGUAACCGUGGUCUAAUCUGCAGGCGGAGCCAUGCUCGGAUUUUGCCUGGCCUCUUGUGAUUCCUCUCCUCCAUUUGGGUUGCGAGGGGAGGUUUCUUUUUGUAAUGUCGAGGCCGGCGACAGCAUCAGCGAUCCGGCAUGGAUCUCCUCCUCCCAUAGCCAACGCUAAUUUGGAGUUGGAUGAUGGUUUAGUGUUGAUCUCCUAACUUCAACAUGGAAAAAAAAAUGCCUAGUGCGUCACUUGA